AUUUUGCCAUUUUAGAAAAAACCCCUAAUUUUCACUUCGUUCUUUCUCCUCCCGCACGGGUGUACUCUCUCUCUUUUAACGCUGAACCCUUGUGACGACGGAGCCGGCGCCGGCGACGGCGAAUUCCAGCGACGACCUAGGUACUUUCCUUCACGCACGGAAGCUUCUGUAAUAUAUCUUCUUUUUGUCCUAUUUUUGGCAAUUCCCCUGCUCGAAAACGCUUUUAACCCUGGUUUCCCAAGUAUCCGCCAUCACUGAUCACCUGCUCUACUCCUUCUCCAGCCAUUCUCUUUUCUUCUUUUAUUAUCUUAAAGUAGACGCAAAUAUUGAAAGUUUGGUGUGGAAAUCACUCCGAGCUCACAGAAACUAUGAGGGAACUCGUGACUGUUCAAGUUGGAGAAUUUGCGAACUUCGUUGGUUCUCAUUUCUGGAACUUUCAGGAUGAGUUGAUUGGCCUGGCUGCGGACCCUCUUGGAGAUGCCGUGUUUAAGAAUCAACAUCUUAAUAUGGACGUACUCUACCGUUCUGGUGAGACACAACAGGGUGUACUUACGUAUACUCCACGUCUAGUUUCAGUUGGCUUUAAAGGAGGCUUAGGAUCUGUAAGUGCACGCGGCACUCUAUAUAAUGAUGAUGCCGAUAGACCAUCUGAUAUUAUCACAUGGCGUGGUAAUGUUGCCACUCAUCAUACUGAACAACGUAAGAAAAACCUGUUCUUGCAAAGUUUAUCUGAAGAAGAGCAGGAGAACUCGGUGAACGGUAAGAAUAAUGGUCGAGGAGAAAUUGAGGACAAAGAUAUAGUUGAAUGUCUAGAAAAAGAUGUCACUUUUUGGACGGACUUCUCUAAGGUUCACUACCACCCUCAAAGUUUAUAUCAAUUCAAUGGAUCCUGGGUCGAUGCUCAGGAGUUCAACAAUUAUGGAAUUGGAAAAGAAUCUUUCACUUGGAGUUUGCAAGGUGAAGAAAUUGAUGAAAGGCUUCGUUUCUUUGUGGAGGAAUGUGACCAUAUCCAAGGGUUUCAGUUCAUAGUUGAUGACUCGGGAGGAUUUUCGGCAAUAGCUGGGGAUUUUCUUGAGAGUGUUGCAGAUGAAUAUUCAAACACUCCAGUUUUACUUUAUAGUGUUCGAAGUCCUACUUCUCCUAGCACGCUUCGUGAAAAUAAGAGGCAGAUAGUUUCUAGAGAUCUUCAUGAUGCAGUUUCAUUUGCAAGACUUUCAUCUUUCUGUCAGCUCUGUGUGCCAGUUGGUUUGCCAAGUUUGAGCAGAAGCAAAGCUACCUCCUAUCUCUGCAUUGAUGACCAGAAGCCUUAUCACUGUAGUGCUGUAUAUGCUGCUGCUUUACACUCCAUUGGUCUUCCUUUACGAAUGGAAGCCCAUGGACCAACUACAGAUUCAUGUUAUGUUUCUGGUGCGGUUCACGUCAAUGACAUGGUACGAAUGUUAGCUGGGCAAGGUAGGCAAAAUAUGGUGGCCAUUUUGGAUAUUUCAAUGCCAGCGCCCUCUCUCUCUGGGAAACAUUUGGGCCAAUCUUUGUUGGGAAGUUUGCAACCGUUAACACCAGAAGUAAAAGAGGAUGCAGAAGAUUUGCUGGCAUUGGAAUCCAUGACUGUGCACGGAGUGUUUGGAUCAGGAGGGGAGCGGGCUUCCAUCUCCGAAUUAAAGGAUCAAAUUAGUGCUGCUUAUGAAGGUGAAUCAGUAAGGCCAAUGCUCUGCCAUCUAUCAGCAGCGCAAUGUCCUCUGCCUGUACCAUUGCCUUUUCCUUCAAUCUUUGGAAACCUGGUUGGCCAACAUGGUCAAUUGUUGGCUACUCCAAUCUCGAGUGCUUCGUUCAGAGGAUCCCUUGACGUGCAUUCCAUCCCCAUGGCCGCUCGGCUGCGUUCUAGCAAUGCUAUACUGCCAUUUUUAGAGAGAAGAUUAACAAAUCUUCUUAGACAUGGAACUGUACAAGGAUCAUCUGCAGCUCCAUUGCUUAGGAGUUGGGGGUUUGGAAGAGAGGAACUAGAAGACAUGGGAGAAUCACUUUCAAAAAUGGUGUUGGCGCUAAAUCCACAUUCGCUAUCUUCAUCGGAUUCUGAUUGAAGCAUUUUGAAGAGGGCAGCAAGAAAGGUCAACGGUCAAGUUACAUGCUGUUUUUGUUGGGUUACAGGUAAUGAUUAUGCUUCAGUCUUUCUAGAGAUGUUCCAUUUUCCCACUGGGAUGGGACUCCACGGGCCCCAUCCCGAACGGAGCGGAGAUUCUCCGAUUAGGUGGGGAAUAGGGGAAGGAGUGAGGGAAAAAAAAUUCUCGUGAGCUAAACGGGGACGGGGAUAGGGAAUACAUUCUCCGCCCCUGUCCCGUUCCCCGUCCCCACCCCCGCCCGAUUAGCUUCUAUAUAUUUAUUUAGUAUAGUUAUCUAAUGUUAUGUUAUUAUUAUUAUUAUAUAAUAUUACAUUUAAAUUUUAAAUUUGAUUAUUUAUUGAGAAA